AUAAUAAUGCCGUGUGAUCCUGUUUCGCCGCUGUUUCCUCUCUCUUCGUAUAUUUCUCUGUCUGCUGAUUCAUCGUUUUGGAAUUCUGUGAAUCUUCUUCUCCAAAAACAGAUUUUUUCGACGAUCUUGAUUUGAAUCAUCAACUCCCUCCUCCGAGGUCUAUUUGACGUAAACGCUUGGGAAAAAUCAUGGCGGAAGAACAUCGUUGCCAAACGCCUGAAGGCCACCGUCUCUGCGUCAACAACUGCGGCUUCUUGGGCAGCUCCACAACCAUGAAUCUCUGCUCCAACUGCUACCGCGAUCUCUGCCUAAAGCAACAACAACAAGCCGUGAAAUCCACCGUUGAAACCUCCCUACCACAUCCCUCCUCCGCCGCCUCUUCACCGCCGCCUUCGGCGAUCGAAUCGAUCUCCUCGCUGACGAUCUCGCCCAUACCGGAGAAAUCCGCUUCCUCCAGCGCCGCCGCCGCCGCAGGGUUAGAGAUCGCGACGAUUGAGGUAGAUCUGGCACCACCGACGGAGGUAAAGACGGUGAAAUCUCCGGCGGAGCAACCGUCGUCGCAGCCAAGCCGAUGCUCGGUGUGCAGGAAACGGGUCGGGUUGACCGGGUUCAAGUGCCGGUGCGGGACGACGUUCUGCGGGACCCACAGGUACCCGGAGGUCCAUGGAUGCUCCUUCGAUUUCAAAUCCAUUGGCCGUGAAGCGAUCGCGAAAGCCAACCCUCUGGUCAAAGCCGCGAAGCUCAACAAGAUAUGAUCUCAGCCGUUGGGCGCGUUGACUUUUCUCCUCUGAAUCCGCGUUGCCAGAGGAAUCCAUGAUUGAUUCUUCUCGGUGAAUCUCAGCCGUUUAUCAUAGUUUAUAUAUAUGUAUAUGUAAAAUCAUGUGUAAUGUCAUCUAGACACGUGUCAAGUGGCACGGGUGAAAGACGGCUUCCUCAUCUUUUCCAUGAUUUUCCUUUUUUUAAUUAAGCACCAUUAAGUUCUAAUUAAGUGCAUUUAAAAUA